UCAACUGCAAUUCUAUAAUUAUAUACUAUGUGCAGUUACCCGGCAACGGUUAUUUGUUAUAGUAGAGCAUUUGUGAUAAAGUUUAUUUAAUUUGUUAUUUUCAAAAUGCCGAAAAUUCCACCCACAAAAAAUCCUCACGAGGGAAUCAAAUAUCAUUCUAUUAAAAAGGGCUCUGAUCGCGGCUGUUAUCAGCUACACAGGCCAUCGGAAUGCCGACUGAAAUUCCCGAUAACCGACCGACCCAUACACAAAUGCGAGCUGCCGAGACACGAGUACACAUUAGUACCGCAGCUUGGCGGUUGGCGGAAUUUGUUGGUGCCAAAGAAUGAGCCCAACUUCUACCCAGCUGUUAUGAGUAAGAAUGACUAUGAACGGCUGAAAAAGCUAGCUAAGAUCGUAACUCAAGAAGAACAGCUAGAAGCGAUGCACGCGCAAGAGGCUGCGAUUCAAAAAGCUGCCCACGAGUCUGAGGAUCGUAAAAGACUGCUCAAAGAACAGUUACAGCCUCAGCCUGGAGCUGAAGCCUCUUCGGGCAGCGCUGAAGCUGCUGAAUUGGAGGGACCUGAUCAGACUGCUCAUACCCUGUCUAGAGCGGAAUUGUUUCGUGCGGACAACAUGCAAGGUCCGCGUUUAUGUAAUCGAAUCAUACUCGCGUCCAAGUGUCAUGCGAUACGAGAUGCACAGAUCAGUGAGAAGGAUCUUAUUAAGAAAGAGCUGGAAGGAGAAGAACGAAGAUUGGACUCGAUAAUGGAGGAAAACCGUCAAGCGGCUGUCUCUCGCGCUGAAUCUGAAGAGGAUAGACGACACCACCUACGUUUACAGAAUCUCGCUGCACUGAAGGAGCAAAUCAAAGCUCAUGAAACUGCGAAGAUAAUGGAGGCAGAACGAAUAGAAGAGGAGAGUAUCAGAGUCAAUCAAGCAAACAUAGCGAUGCAAAUUGAAGAGGCGCAGAAAUUGAAGGAAAAACACGGUCGGCAGGCUAAAUUGAAAGAAAUUCUUGACCAAGGCAACGCUGAACUUUUAUACUAUAAACAAGUCCAAAAUGAAGAAGAGAGAAUAAUGGAUCUUCGUAUUGCGAAUUUCCUCAAACUGAAACAAGAGCGCGAAGCGAAGAACCGAGCUGAACAAGAGGCCAUUAAAGCUGCUAAACAAAAAGGAAUCGAUCAUAUCGCUAAGGCUCAAAAGGCUGAACAAGAGUUGAAAGAAGAGUUAGAACGCAUAAGAAACCUGAAGAUUCAAGAGGAUGUGGAAAGAGAAUGCCGCCGGAAGGAGAGAGAGGCGGCUAUUAAGAGGAACCGAGAGAUGAAGAGACUGCAUGAGGGGCGCAUUCAACAGAUAACCGAUAUACACAGACUGAUUGCGCGUGAGAUUGCAAAAGAUGAGCAAAGUUUCAACAAUGCCGCGAGACAGAAUGAAGAGUUCAUUAGAAAGGAAAAAGAGCUGGACGAUAAACGUAAAGCUCGCAUCGAACAGCACAGGCAAGAAAUAAUGAAGCAAAUUAAUGACAAAGAAAGAGCUAGAGCUGAUUUGCGAGAGAAGGUUCACAACGAAGGCGUGGCGCUACGUAUGGAACAAGAGCAACAGGAUAAAUACGAGAGGAAGAUCAUCAAGCAUAAGGUGGCCGAGAUGAGGACACAGAAGGUUGCUGAGAAAUAUGUGAAAGAAGUAGAGCAGACACUCGGAAAAUAUGGAUAUUAAUAUUACCAACACUUAACGUCGAUAGACUGAAAUUGCUAUUAAAUUAAAUCAUCAAUUUAUCUGUG